AUGGAGAGAGCUUGUCACGUUAACAUUGCAAUGAUGGAGGACAUGGGGACCAACGGGAUGGCCAGAGCAAAGGCUGCUGCCGCCAUGGCCCCGGACGAACAGCAGCGGGGCUCCACUGUCAGUUUUCACAGUGUCCAGUACAAAGUCAGCCAGAAGAGCAGCUUCCUCUGCAAAACUCCAAUGAGUCCCAGAGAAAUACUGUCAGGCAUCAGAAAAGAUCCUGUGGGCCUCUCAGGGGAAGUACUUAUUGAUGGAGCUCCACAGCCCCCAAACUUCAAGUGCCUCUCUGGCUAUGUGGUCCAAGACGACGUGCUUCUGGGCACCCUGACCGUGAGGGAGAAUCUCCGUUUUUCCGCAGCCCUGCGCCUCCCCAGCUCCGUGUCUCAGAGGGAAAAAGAGGCUCGGGUCAAUCAUCUCAUUAAAGAACUGGCUCUGACAAAGGUGGCCGACUCUAAGGUGGGCACGCAGAUGACCCGGGGAAUCUCUGGAGGCGAGAGGAAGAGAACAAGCAUCGGUAUGGAGCUGAUUAUUGACCCUGCCGUUCUCUUUCUGGACGAGCCAACCACAGGGCUGGACGCAAGCACCGCCAACUCUGUUUUGCUGCUGCUGAAAAGAAUGGCUGGUCAGGGAAGGACCAUAAUCAUGUCUAUCCACCAACCUCGCUACUCCAUCUACAGACUGUUUGACACGCUGACGCUGCUGGUUGGUGGUAAAAUGGUUUACCACGGACCAGCGCCAAAAGCAUUGGACUACUUUGCCAGCAUUGGUUAUCCAUGCGAGCCCCAUAACAAUCCGGCUGACUUCUUUCUGGAUGUUAUAAACGGAGACUACACCGCCACAACCAUGGCCAGAGUGCCAGGCAGUCAAGCUUUGGACUGUGAGGAGGUCAGCGGUACCAGGCAGAGCAUUGAGGAACACCUUGUAGAAGAGUACAGGAACAGCAGCUACCGCACGGAGACACAGGACGAGUUAAAACGCAUCGUCCAGAACAAGAAAACCACGUCACGCACAAACGCCCGCGUCAUCACCUACAACAGCUCCUUCUUUCAACAGCUGCGAUGGGUUUUUCAGAGAACUUUUCAAAACCUCCUGUUGAACCCCCAAACGUCUGUGGCCCAGCUUGGAGUCAACAUCUUCCUUGCUCUCAUCGUGGGAGCCAUUUUCUUUGGAGUCAAAGAAGACCAGAGUGGCAUCCAGAACAGGAUGGGGGCCCUCUUCUUCAUCACUACCAACCAGUGCUUCAGCACCGUGUCUGCAGCUGAGGUCUUCAUCACUGAGAGGCACCUCUUCGUGCAUGAGUACAUCAGUGGCUACUACAGAGUAUCCGUCUACUUCCUCUCUAAGAUCCUGUCAGACAUCACCAUGCGCACCAUCACAUCCAUUAUCUUCAGCUUCAUUGUUUAUUUUUUGAUCGGGCUGAAGUCCACGGUCUCUGCCUUUCUGGUCUUCACGCUGACAGUGACUCUGGUGGCCUACACUGCAACCGCCAUGACUAUGGCCAUCUCAGCUGACCAGAGCGUCGUGGCUCUGGCUAACAUUUUCAUGACCAUCACCUUUGUCUUCAUGAUGAUUUUUUCAGGUCUCCUGGUCAACUUGCCCAGCGUCAUGGACUGGCUGGUUUGGCUCAAGUACUUCAGCAUUCCAAGAUAUGGUCUAGCAGCCUUGAAGAUAAAUGAAUUUGUGGGUCUCAAGUUCUGUGAUGAACCUGGAAUCCCAGUGGUGCCCAACUGCACUGUGAACACAGCUGGCCAGAUAUGCACAGGAGAGCAGUAUCUGGAUUACUUGGGGAUAGAGAACAGCUCCUGGGGACUGUGGGAGAAUCAUGUGGCUCUGACUGUCAUGAUGAUCUUAUUCCUCGUCAUUGCUUAUCUGAAGCUCCGCUACAUUAAGAAGUUCACUUAG